GAGGCGGGGGCCGCUCGGAGCGUGCAGGAUGGUGGCGGCGGCAGCGACCGAGGCUGAGCCAGGCGGCGGGUAGAAAAUGGCGGAUUUCGAGGAGCUGAGGGCAUUUCUUCCUUGCCCUUCAACUAAAAUGGUUCCCAGGGCAUCUGAGGCAAGAGCUUUACUAAACAAGACAGUCCCUGCCUGCAGGUUUACAACUUUAAAGGCGCAGCAGAAAAGGGAAAAAAUGGAUUGGAAGCCAAAAGCCAGACACAAACAUGGUGACCCCUUUAAGAAAACAUCACCCUUUAAGAUGAACAAGAUAUAUAGCUAAGAAAAAACAGAAAGCUAUCUCGGCAGCUUCUAACUUACAAAAUAUGGUAUCAAGUUUUCGGGUCUCUGAACUACAAGUGCUGUUGGGCUUUGCAGGACGUAAUAAAAGUGGACGCAAACAUGACCUCCUAAUGAGGGCAUUGCACUUGCUGAAGAAUGGCUGCAGCCCAGCAGUUCAGAUAAAGAUCCGAGAACUCUACAGGCGACGAUAUCCCAGAACAAUAGAAGGUCUUUCUGACUUGUCCUCUUUAAAGCCUUCAGUCUUCAAUUUGGACAGUAGCUCAUCUCCCGUGGAACCUGAUUUAGCUGUUGCUGGUCUGCACCCAAUACCAUCUACAUCAGUCACUCCUCAAUCCCCAUCCUCACCUCUUAGUUCAGUGCUGCUCCAGGACACAAAGCCACACUUUGAGAUGCAGCAGCCAUCACCUCCAAUUCCACCUGUGCAUCCUGAUGUUCAGCUGAAGAGCCUUCCCUUUUAUGAUGUACUAGAUGUUCUAAUCAAACCUACAAGCUUAGUACAGAGCAGUAUUCAGAGGUUCCAGGAGAAGUUCUUUAUCUUUGCUUUAACACCACAGCAAGUCAGAGAAAUCUGCAUUUCCAGGGACUUUUUGCCAGGAGGCAGAAGGGAUUACACUGUGCAAGUUCAGCUGAGGUUAUGCCUGGCAGAAACCAGCUGCCCCCAAGAAGAUAACUACCCUAGUAGCUUGUGCAUAAAAGUAAAUGGAAAGCUAUUUCCAUUGCCGGGAUAUGCUCCACCACCCAAAAAUGGAAUUGAGCAAAAGAGGCCUGGGCGCCCCUUGAAUAUUACAUCUCUAGUCAGGCUAUCUUCUGCAGUGCCAAAUCAGAUUUCUAUUUCCUGGGCAUCUGAAAUUGGAAAGAAUUACUCAAUGUCUGUGUAUCUUGUACGCCAACUCACUUCAGCCAUGCUGCUACAGAGGCUAAAAAUGAAAGGUAUUCGAAACCCUGAUCAUUCCCGGGCACUAAUUAAAGAAAAACUCACCGCUGACCCAGAUAGUGAAAUUGCGACUACCAGUCUGCGAGUAUCAUUAAUGUGUCCCCUGGGGAAAAUGCGGCUAACAAUUCCCUGCCGUGCCGUUACUUGUACCCACCUGCAGUGCUUUGAUGCUGCUCUCUAUCUACAAAUGAAUGAAAAGAAACCCACCUGGAUAUGUCCUGUGUGCGACAAGAAAGCUGCAUACGAGAGUCUCAUCUUGGACGGACUCUUUAUGGAAAUUCUAAAUGAAUGUUCAGAUGUAGAUGAGAUCAAAUUCCAGGAGGAUGGUUCUUGGUGCCCUAUGAGGCCGAAGAAGGAGGCUCUGAAAGUUGUCAGCCCGCAGUGCACCAAGGUAGAAAGUUCCAGCAUGGUCAGCAAGCCCUGCUCCAUGCCAAUCAGUGAGGUCAGCAAAAAGAAAGUUGACGUCAUUGACCUCACAAUUGAGAGCUCAUCUGAUGAAGAGGAAGAUGCGCCUCCCAAAAGGAAAUGCAUAUAUAUGUCCGACACACAAGCAAGUCCCACCAAAGGGGUGCUCAUGUAUCAGCCGUCUACUGUACGAGUGCCUGGAGUGAGCACAGUGGACCCUUCUGCUAUUCCACCCUCAUUAACGGACUACUCUGUACCAUUCCAUCACCCACCAAUAUCAAGUAUUUCAUCAGAUUUACCUGGUUUGGAUUUUCUUUCUUUAAUCCCAGUUGACCCACAGCAGUACUGUCCUCCUAUGUUUUUGGAUAGUCUCACCUCGACGUUGCCAACAAGCACCACCCCCAGCAACAUCAUCACCUCCACCAGCCACCACGAGAGCAGCACUCGCGUUAGCUCCUCAGGCCGGAGCGAGACGGCAGUUAUCACCAGCAGCAGCGGGAGCAACAUUCCUGACAUCAUCUCUCUGGACUAAAAGCUGGCAAAAUCUGCACAGGGUUUGUCCAUUCACAUGCCUAAAUCCCUGGACUAUCCGCAACUUGGACCUUAUUUGGGGUAUUUAUUUGAAAGGAGCGGGGGGGAGGGAAACGCUUUGGAUUUUUUUUUAUUUUUUAACCCUCUAUGUGGAUUGACAGUACCACAAAAAGAGGGUGGGAAACUUGACUGGAAGGAUUAUAUUUUUGGGGGGUUUUUUCCUGCUCAGUUUGGGAAGAAUGUGCUCAGUUUGAGGAUGCCAGCCCUUCAAGUUUGCUCUAAAGAAACAGACGUGGGUUUACUAUGUGGAUUCCAGGGCAGAUUUCAUAUUUUGAUUUUAUUUUCUCGUUACAUUUAGCAAUAAUGUGAACAGUUUUGUUAAAAAUAAAAAGCACUUAAUUUCUCUGGAAUAACAAACGUAAGGACAAGAGGAAGCUGGCAAUUUCUUCAGUGGAGGACAAACUUUUGUGAAAAUAAUAGGUGUAUAAACUGUAUGUUUGCCUCUUUACUUCUCCAGUUGCUUCACCAUCUCCUUCCCAAAUCUGGAUAUAUAUUUUUUCCUUUUUGGAAGCUCAUGCUGCUUGGAGAAUGUUCAGUUAACGACUGCGAAAAAGGCACAGAAAUGUGGGGGGAAAGAAUGCUAUGCAAAGGUCAGCUUCAGAAAUUUAAUCCAUGUUCACAAAACAAAGAAUUCAAAACCCAGCAAUUAGCUUUCAGGACAGGAUUAUCAGUUCUCCGUGGAUGAAGGAAAAGACUUUCUGCUUUUUCAAGUCCUACAAAAUGGCCAGUGCUUCAGAUUUGCGUGUGGUGCUAAGCCUCUGCUGAUUCAGCUUGUAUUAUGCCAUAUUUUGUAGCCACAGAAAGAAUCUAUGCCCAUCAUGAGGUAGAAACUGUUUCUACAACUGUCCAGUCCACAUUAAGUCAAGUUGCUGCUAGGAAGAUUGAUCCUCAUUCCCUUUAGAAUAGUUAUGAGAAUGAUUUACUUGACUGCAUAGAUGACAUAGCAUUUCAGAUCUCUACUUUGGAAAAAUAAAUAAAAGCAAUUUUCCCAUUUGAA